AAUCGGAGUUCCGGUGCUGGCUCAGCUUCCUGUCACUUAGUCCUUCUGCGAGUUGUGAUGCUAGCUAGAGUGAUCGGAGGGGACGAUCCACAUGUUUCGCCGAUCUUUUUUUAUUUUCACAAUCUAGUGUUUUGGUUGCUUGACUAUAAUGCAUGGUGUGUGUUUUUUUUCAUUUGCAAGUGUGUCAAAACGAGAGUAAUGUGCAAAGGCUAUUGCUGAUCGUUAUAAACCUGACCAAGAACUAGCUAAGUUAGCUAGCAAUGUUCUCGACACCACUUUGCAAAAACAAACAAUUUAGUGUUUUCGUCUCCAGUCAGUCCAGCUGACAUGACACACAGGAAAGAAGUAUUCCAGUCCAAGGUGCUGCAGAAGCUUUACCCUUCAGCCCCUAAAUUGGAGAAGGAACCCUCCCCAUCAUGCAUACCAGUGGAUGUGAAAAGAACCUCUAAUCGAGAUAUUACGCCUAGUAAUUCAGCAGUGGUUCCAAGUAGGCGUAUAUACACGGUUCUACCUCCUCCUGAAGAUUAUGAUGCCACUUCAGUGAAAUGUGUGACGCUACAACAGCUUGAGACUAUAAAUAGUGAGGAGGUUCCAUCUGAACAAGACAUACAGGAGUGCAGUGAAGAGCUUGACCAAGAUGAAGAAGCAAAUGAACUGAAAAGACGAAGGAAAAGAAGAAAAAGGAGACUAAACCUUCAUGGAGAUAAAGAUGGAACUGCUCCAACUAUGGUGACUAGUGUCGUUCAAAACGGGACGCUGAUAGAUGAAGAAGGAGUGCACAUUAGCCGGAACAAGAAAAGGAAACUGAAGAAGAAACGGCACAAAGAGAAGAUGCUCUCAAUGGGUUUGAUGCCUCGGGCUUCUGCUCUGGAAUUCACAUUCCAAACAAAAAAUGAGGAAGAAGAGGAUGGGAUGAGAGCUGCUGAGGUGGUAGACUUCCUCCGGACCACACUGGAAAUCUAUAAAUCAGAUUCGUUGUUGCGUGCGGAGAAGCUUCCUCGCAUGCCUGGUGUGUUGGAGGAUCUUUUGAGCAGCAUCGUCAAUGGAAGCAGGCCUGUCUCUCUUUUGAAGCAUCUUCAUAAUCUCAAGCUAUGUACUCAACACAAGGACACAAAGCGACUAGAAAAGGAACUGCAGGACCUCUCCAACAACACCCUGAUACCCCCAGAGGAAACCUCUGCGGUGGCCCAAUUGUUCCAGUACUGGAUAACAGACAUUCUUCCCAUGAAGGGAGUCAAUGAGACAAAAGUCUCCGAGAGGUUUAGUCAUGCUGCGACACCAUGUAAGGAAGAAAUUUGUUAGAUCCAUAGCGAAAUGUUCAGACAUUAAAUUUGUCUCUGAGUCACUCUAUGACACUGUCUGUAAAUAUUUUUUCUAUGUUUGCUUUUCUGGAUUUUUCCAUUCUACAAGAAUAAAACAAAACAUUUUGUUCACUCCAAUUAGAAAGCUGUAGUUGUAUCGAUCUGUUUUUUUUUUACCUCAUGUUUUUUUUUUUUUGUAUUCUGUUCAAAUUAAUGGAAAUUGGUAACACUUGCCUGUCUUGUCUCACCCCCAAUUACCAGCAAGGCAAAUGUCAGCACUACAGGAAGUCAGCUUUUGUUUACUGUCAUGACAUUUAAAAAGUAGCCAAAUAACCAAAUAGCUUCUCAAAUAACCCAACGUUCUGCAAC